AUGGCGGGAAUACAGACAGCCAAAAAGGAUCUCCGCAAAAGAAUGCGGGACGUCCUCCGGGGAAUCUCCGCUGACUCUAUCAGCUACCAAUCUAGAGCGGUUGCGAGCAGACUUUUUGCUCUCCCUGAAUAUCAAAGGGCCCAGAGAAUAGGCGUCUACCUGUCAAUGCCGACAGGCGAGCUAUCGACAACAGCAAUAGUGGAAGAUGCCUUGAAAAGUCACAAGGAGGUCUUCGUGCCUUACAUCCAUAGCAUUGAAACCACGACCACGCAGCAGAAGACAUCAGUCAUGGAUAUGCUCGCGUUGGACUCAAUGGAAGAGUUCACUUCUUUAGAGCGCGACAAAUGGGGAAUUCCGUCCCUCACGGAAGCACAGGCGUUGAGAAAGAAGAACUGUUUCGGCGGAACUGGCCUAGCCGCAACGAUAGCUAAAGAUACUACAACUAACUCAUCCGGGCUAGACUUGAUUGUGAUGCCCGGAAUGGCCUUCGAUACCGGGUUUAAUAGACUUGGCCAUGGGAAAGGAUACUAUGACAGCUUUCUGACAAGGUAUUUGAGAUGGGAAGCUGAAAGAGGCGCAGAAACGAGAAAAAUGCCUUUACUUGUCGCCCUCUCUCUCAAGGAGCAAACGCUUUCCCCACCCGAAGAAGUACCCGUUACAAAUCAUGACUGGCUGAUAGAUGUCGUGAUAGUUGGCGAUGACCGGUGUCUCGUGCGCCAACAAUAA